AUAACACGGAUAUAACAUCAACAAGUUAAGACUUGUUGUACGACUAACACAUAAGAGAUCUGCUCUUAUUUGGUUUGGAAUUCACUAUAAUUGUUUAGACACAGAAGCCGAAGACUAUACAAUCGAUCGGAAAUAUGGAGGACAUGAACGCUACCUCAACCGAUUACUGGAAUUUCCUUUUCACCGAAUUAGCCGAUGAACGCACCAAUGAUUGGUUCCUGGUCAAAUCACCUGUUCCAAUUUUUGCCUUGAUAGGCGCAUAUCUGUAUUUUGUGCUUUCAUGGGGUCCCAAGUUCAUGAAGGAUCGCAAACCUUUUAAAUUGGAAAGGUCAAUGAUUAUUUACAACUUCAUACAAGUGGUGCUGAGUUGUUGGAUGGUUUAUGAUGGUAUUAUUGUGUGGAGCACCUACAACUGGAGAUGUCAACCCGUCAACCGUUCCAGAACACCAAUGGCUUAUAGAGAAGCCCGAGGCGUCUACGUGUACUUCUUGGCCAAGAUCAGUGAGUUAUUGGAUACCGUGUUCUUUGUGCUGCGCAAAAAUGAGCGCCAAGUGACUUUCUUGCAUGUUUACCAUCACUCUGUGAUGCCAAUGAUUUCAUGGGCUGCUACCAAAUACUUCCCUGGAGGACAUGGUACCUUUGUGGGAUGCAUCAACUCCUUUGUUCACAUUGUCAUGUACAGCUACUACUUCCUGUCUGCAUUCGGACCACACAUGCAAAAAUACUUGUGGUGGAAGAAGCACAUCACCAACUUGCAAAUGAUCCAAUUCUGUCUGAUCUUCGUCCAUCAAACCCAAUUACUUUACACCGAAUGUAAUUAUCCCCGUUGGUCGGUGUGCUUCACACUACCCAAUGCAGUGUUCUUCUUCUUCCUCUUCAAGGACUUUUACCAAAAGUCGUACAAAAAUAAGAAGGAAGCCGCUGCCGCCUUAGCAAACCAAAAGGCAGCCGCCGCAGCAGCCGCCGCCUUGACAUGCCAGCAACAAGCAGCAGCCAUGGAUGCCGCCAACAACAACACCAUUCAUACAGAGACCAAGAAGGUUCUCUAA